AUGGAUAUUCCGACCGUUUACGCCACCAUUAAAGCCCGACUGGGGAUUUCCCUGUCAAGGGACCGAGCCAGAACUUCCACACCCCAAAACCCUCCUUCUUCUUCCCAAACACCGACCCCCCGUCACAACCCUACGCCUACACCCAUGUUUCCACUAGUACAAUACAGUGGGGACGACUCUGAGGAAGAAGGGGCACAACCAGUCGCCCCUCCCGCUACCAAAAUAGAAGUCGUGCCGACACAACCAGAUGCAGAGGGCACGACUGCUCCCAACGCUCCGACACCACCAAGUGGCGGAGGCUCCAGCUCCCCUACUCUCCUAGGGCCGACACAAUCGAUCGAGGUUGUGAACAUUGACGAUGACUCUACGGAGGACUUUCUGCGUCCCCCCAGCGAAAUACUACAACAUAGGGGGGCAGAAUGGACCUUCAUUCCUCGGGCAGAGGAUGAAUUGGUCUCGGAGACGGAGGAGGAGCCGCUGCACCGCCGGACGCGCAAAAGGGAAAUCCACACGCUGAUGGAGGAGUUGGAGACCAGGGUGGCCAGCAUGCAGAGGGUGGAGGAGGAACAGGUGGAGAGGCCCUGUACAGUGCGGAGGCUGUUGGAUGAGCCAGGGGAACCAGAAAACCAAGGAGCAGUUGAAGACAGCCAUCAGAAGGCUGAAAAGAAGAGGAAAGGGAAGGGGACUGUGUUGUCUUCUCCGAAGAGGAUGCGCCCCGCAACCCGGGGCAUUGUGAUUUCUGAUACAUACCUACAUGCCGCUCCACAAGAAGGAGAUGAGGGCAACGAUACAGAGGGGAGGGAGCUCCGAUGGGCCCGAACCUCUCGCAGGCAACAAGGAAGGCCUGCACCACCCCCCCCCCGCCGCCGCCGACUAUUCCAAACAAACUGUGGUAUUGACCACGGACCUUGA